UAAAUUUGGACUAUAAAUAAUAACUCUAAUAAUAGUAAUAAGUAAAAAAAUUAUAUUAACAAAUAAAGUCAAAAUGUUGAUUAGGUUAUCACCAAUUUCAUUAUCUGCUGUAUUUAAAAAACGUCCUGUGCAAAUAGAUAAUUUUACUCUUUGGCAAACCCGUAACUUUACAACCUCUGUAAGAGAACCACCACUAGUUACAUCGCUUCCUCCGUUGACAAAACCAGUGCCCAAUUUACCAAAGCCAAUUUAUUCUACAGCUAAGGAAGAAAAUCAAACAACACAAGUCACGAUCUUAUCAAAUGGAUUACGUGUUGCUUCUGAAAAUCGCUUUGGUCAAUUUUGUACAAUUGGUGUUCUUAUUGACUCUGGUCCUCGAUAUGAAGUUGUCUACCCUAGCGGAAUCUCUCACUUUCUUGAAAAAUUAGCGUUUGGUUCAACAAAACAUUUUGGAAGCAAAGAUGAAAUAAUGCUAGCAUUGGAACAACAUGGAGGUAUAUGUGAUUGUCAGGCGUCAAGAGAUACAUUCAUUUAUGCUGCAUCUGCAGAAUGUCGUGGCUUGGACACAGUCACUAAUAUCUUAGGUGAAAUUGUACUGAGGCCUAAAAUUACAAAUGAUGAAAUAUUAGCAGCAAGGCAAACGGUUCGUUUUGAGAUAGAAACAUUGUUAACAAGACCAGAACAGGAACCUAUAUUGAUGGAUAUGAUUCAUGCUGCUGCCUAUAGGGAUAAUACAUUAGGGCUUCCCAAGAUUUGUUCAGAAGAGAAUAUAGAAGUAAUAGACAGAAAUAUUUUGUUUAAAUAUCUUAAAAAUCACUAUGUUCCAAGUAGAAUGGUCGUUGCUGGUGUUGGAAUCGAUCAUAAGGAUUUGGUUAAAGCAGUCGAAAAGUACUUUGUUGACCGAAAGCCUAUUUGGGAAGAAGAAAAUAUUGUUUCGUCAGAUAAAAAUGAAUUGUUGGUUGAUAAAUCUAUUGCACAAUACACAGGUGGAUUUAAAUUGGAAGAGUGUACUGUACCAGUAUAUGCAGGGCCAAGCGGUUUACCAGAACUAUCACAUGUAAUAAUAGGCUUAGAAGGUUGUUCACAUCAAGAUCCAGAUUUUGUUGCAAUGUGCGUUUUAAAUAUGAUGAUGGGAGGUGGUGGAAGUUUUAGUGCUGGUGGUCCUGGAAAGGGCAUGUAUACACGUUUGUAUACCAAUGUUCUUAACAGGUAUCAUUGGUUGUACAGUGCAACGGCAUAUAAUCACGCUUAUAUUGAUACUGGUCUUUUCUGUAUUCAUGCAUCUUCCACACCUACGUAUAUAAGAGAGUUGGUAGAAGUUAUUGUACAUGAAAUGGUCUCAAUGUCCAACAAUAUUUCAAAAAGUGAACUUGAAAGAGCGAAGAAGCAAUUACAAUCUAUGUUGCUUAUGAAUCUAGAACAGAGACCUGUUGUAUUCGAAGAUAUCGGAAGACAGGUCUUAGCAACUGGUUCAAGAAAAAGACCAGAAUAUUUUAUAAAAGCUAUUGAAGCGGUAUCGGACGCAGAUAUAUACAGAGUAGCACGUCGGUUACUCAAAUCACCUCCUAGCGUAGCUGCUCGUGGACAAGUUAAAUCAAUUCAAUCAAUUGCAGAUAUACAAGCUGGUUUACUAGAUGUUCAAGGCCGGUUACCUGGUUCUCAAACCAGAUUGGCGUUUUUUCGUUAAAAGUCUCAACAAAUUGUACAAUCUUUUUCCUCUUACUUUUAAAUAGUUAAAUAAUUUAUUAAAAUUCUUUUUACAUUCGUUAAAGUACACGCGUGUAAAAAGUUUCGUUUAACAAAAAUUCUUGUAAUUUAAUUUAUAUUACAGUUAAAUCAAUUAGGAAAAAGCUAAAGAACUACGAUACUUUUACUG